AUGAAUGUAACUGAUAAUGAUCUUGAGAACAUAGAAAUUGGAAAAGGUCGAAUGACAUUUGUCAAUGAAAAUCGACAACAAGAAUUACUCUAUUGUCUUCGUCGUCAUUUACUUCAUUCAAAACGAACGAAUGGAGGUUCUACACUUAAUGCUAUUCUUGCAAUUGCUCAAUUCGGUGGUCAAACAUUCUAUUCAUGUCAAGUUGGAAAUGAUGAUAAUGGUCGAUUUUAUUUAGAAAAUCUUCAAACAGCAGGUAUUGACUAUCAUCAUAACGAAAAUCAUGAAGAUGAAGGUACAACAGGAACGUGUUUAAUUUUAACAACACCUGAUAAUAAACAUACUCAUUGCAUAUUUGUUGGUGUUAAUGAAAUCCAAUCUGAAUAUGAUAUUUUAUCAGAUGUUGUUGUUGCAUCAGAUUAUGUUUAUUUCGAAGCUUAUAUGGUUGCAUCUAUAUCGACUUUUACGAGUGUUAUUCGUGUAUGUGAAAUAGCUCGUGUUAAUAAUGUUAAAAUAGCUAUGAAUUUCUCUGAUUCAGACAUCAUUAUGAAUUAUCAUGAUCGUCUAUGUGAAAUAUUAAAGAAACCGAUUGAUUUAUUAUUUUGUAAUCGAACUGAAGCAAUUAGUUGGUGUCAAACCGAUGAGAUUGAUAUUGUUAUUGAUAAAUUGAAAUUAAUUGCUCGUACAUUUGUUAUUACUCGUGGUGUCAAAGGUGCAUUAGUUUAUGAUGGUACUCAAUUGCAUGAUAUUGCAUCUCAACAAAUAGAUACAAACGAUACAAGAGGAGCAGGCGAUAUGUUUGCAGGUGCAUUUCUAUUUGGUAUUACACAUGAACAAGAUUAUCUUUCAGCAGGACAUUUAGCAAAUCUUGCGGCUGCAACAGUUAUUUCGAAUAAUGGAUCACGUUUAUCUAUUGACAAACAAAAACAGAUAUUAGUACUAGAUAAUCAUCUUCAAAAAAAAACAUGA